AUGUCACCAAAAAAGCGCAAGGGGAAAGGAAGCGAUGACGAUAUUGCGUCAUCGGGUGGGGACGGCGCCUGUCAGUCGAGCCGCGAUACCUCUCGCUCCCCGCUGAGAGGUAAAGAUACCACAGGAAGGAAGGAAAAGAAAAGUGGGGAGAGGCACCGUACCUCUGACUCCCCGCUGAGAAGUCGCGACAAGUACCUCAAAGAGGAGGACAGUAGGGUAGAAGUGGAUAAGGGAGAGACAAAGCGCGAUACAAAGAAGAGGAUGGACAGGAAAGAAGCGCUGAAGGAGGGAGAAUUAGGCACACGGGAGGAGGGAGAGGACGCCAUGGUCGUAGAGGUAAGUGUGGAUACAUUGUGUAUGAUGAGAAAAGCUAGUAAGGUUGUGAAUGAUAUGCGUGAUCUUGUGACGAAUAAUAAUGGUUGUUUGGAUGAACCAGAUGAUGUCUUGAAUGGAAUUAAUAGAUUAAGGAGUGCAAGAGCGGGAGAUCGAAAACGAGAUGAAGAAGAGGCGGAGCUACAAUUAAAAUUUAUGAUACUAAAAGAAGAGGAAGAUGAAAUGAUGAUUGAUAAAUUUAAUAAUGAUGAGGAUGAAGAUUUUAAUGCUGAUGAUGAUGAUGAUGUCGAGGAGUUGGCGAAUAAUUCCUAUUAUGAGGAGGAGAAGGAAAUUCGAAUGAGAGAAGAAGCAAUUCAAUAUUACGAAGAGGAGAAAAUUUUAGAGAAAAUUAAUAAUAUGGAAAUGAUUGUUGAUGAGGAGGAGAAGGAGGAGGAGUAUGUAAUUUAG